UUUUUAUAUGAGUAAGGAAGGGAUGGAAAAAUGUCUUCCAGCGGCGCUCUCAGUAACUGCUAUGUGGACGCUGUAAUGGGACAGGAGCCGGAGGAGCUGUACGGGGCUCGCUUCAUCCAGCCCCAGCACACCGUGACCCCGAGGCCACCGCCAGGUGCCGGGGACAGCGCAGACUUCUCCUCAUGUAGCUUUACGCCAAAGUCCGCCGUUUUCUCCCCAUCCUGGACCUCGAUGCACCCUCAGGGACUGUAUCACCCCUAUGUCCACCAUCACCACCACCACCAGUCCCAUCUGCCCGCGUCGGACAGCAGAUACGUCGGCAUGCGCUCCUGGAUGGACCCGAUUUCCAACCACGUUUCAUUCGCUGGUUUCCACUCCUCCGGCAGCAGACCGUACGGAACCAAGCCGGAACUCCCUUUGCCUACGAAGCCUGCAGGCUGCGAGCCGCUGGAGGAGACAGAAACGGUUCCUGGGGCUGAGGCGCGUCCCCCGGCGGCGGAGUUCUCCUGCGGCAGCGCGGAGUGUCGGGAAAAGCCGAGCCGGGAGCAGAGUGGGAGCGAGGCUUCGAGUCAUGGCGAGCCCAAAGACGAGAAGCAACAACUUGACCCAAACAAUCCUGCAGCUAACUGGAUCCACGCCCGCUCAACGAGAAAGAAGCGCUGCCCCUACACUAAAUAUCAGACUUUAGAGCUGGAGAAGGAGUUUCUUUACAAUAUGUAUCUGACAAGGGACCGGCGCUACGAGGUGGCCCGCAUACUGAGUUUAACAGAAAGACAAGUGAAGAUCUGGUUCCAGAACCGGAGGAUGAAGAUGAAGAAGAUGAACAGAGAAAGAAGCGGCAAGGAGAUCAUUUAAACUCGUUUUUGUUGCAACAAGAAACUCGAUCUGAACUCUCAAAUCUAUUUCGUACAGCCAUUUUCAGAUGGGCCUUUAAGUGACGCCGUCAAGGACCCAUAUGCCUCACAUAUGAGGAAUUUGUUUCUGAUGAGAUCCUGGCGGAUCACUUCAAGCUGAACUGGUUUGAAUAUUUCUCACCAUCGUCAGCUGCAAACUGGGACGUAAAAGCAACAUGAAAUGUGCCAGUGUAUUUCGCCUGUUUCUAGAUUUGGAGUAAAACAUUUCUGCUGCAGCUAGAGCUUUUGACUGUUAUGUCAUUGAGCAAACACACAUAUGUGACAUGUGCGUCGGGAGUUAUAUAUGAUCAGUGUUUACAGAAAAUAAUAAGCAUAUGUGCAGCUUCGCUUACUGAAGAGGAGAGAUCAUUACAGAA